GUGCCCCGGGCCGGCGCGGAUCCUGACUCUGGUGUGAGGCAGCGGCUAGGAAGGCGGGCGGAGGCUGGGUACAGGCAAGGGGGCCGGGUCGGAGCAGCCGGCGCUCGGGUCCAUGGCAGGGCCGGUCUGACUCGACGCCUUAGCCCCACUUGGAAGGAAGAGGUGGCGGCACCGGCACUAUGUUACCCAGCGGGGCCGGGAACGGCGCUGCCGCCUUGGCCCGGAGCACGAUCAUGGGCAUGGGGCGGACCUCCGGGCGGGUAGGUGCCGGGCUUCCCCGUGGGGCGAACGGCAGCGGUGCUGCUGCAGGAGUCCGCGGGCCCGGCAACGGGACAGGCCCGCCUAGCGGGCAGGGGACAAUCGGGGGUCGCUUCGAGCGAGACCGGGAUGUAAGCGCGGCGGCGGCGGCGGCGGCCAGCGGCAGCGAAGGCGAUUCGGACUCGGCCGAAGAUGAGGAGUUGGUAGGCGAGCGCCGCGGCAUUAAGCGGACCUUGGGUGACAUGGAACUGGGGGUGGGGGGAACGGAGGCGGUGGCCGCGGCGGCAGCGUCCGGGGGUUACGGCGGAGUCAGCGGGGCCGUGAGCGGCGCCAAGCCAGGCAAGAAGACCCGCGGCCGGGUCAAGAUCAAGAUGGAAUUUAUCGACAACAAGCUGCGACGCUACACCACGUUCAGCAAGAGGAAGACGGGCAUUAUGAAGAAGAAUCUGGAAAGAGACCUUAACACUUUGACUGCUCCAUUGGAUGGAGGUGGGGCUCCAGUAUCCAACACUGAGGCCUAUGAACUUUCCACCCUUACGGGUACUCAAGUGUUGCUACUUGUGGCCAGUGAGACAGGCCACGUCUACACUUUUGCUACACGGAAACUGCAGCCAAUGAUCACCAGCGAGACGGGGAAGGCACUGAUCCAGACAUGCUUGAAUUCUCCUGACUCCCCUCCUCGGUCGGAUCCAACCAGCGAUCAGCGCAUGAGUGCUACGGGCUUUGAGGAAACGGACCUUACGUAUCAGGUGUCUGAGUCAGACAGCAGUGGAGAAACAAAGGACUCACUGAAGCCAGCAUUCACUGUCACCAACCUCCCAGGGACGACGUCCACCAUCCAGACAGCAUCCACAACAUCCACAUCCAUGCAGGUCAGCAGUGGGCCCUCGUUCCCCAUUACUAACUACUUAGCACCAGUCUCUGCCAGUGUCAGCCCCAGUACAGUCACCAGUGCCAACGGAACAGUGCUGAAAACCACUGGAAGCAGCGCAGUGGCCUCUGGAGGACUAAUGCAGAUACCUACCGGCUUUACUCUCAUGUCAGCAGGUGCUCCACUCCCUCCUGGGACCCCUACCAUUCCUCUCACUCACUUACAGCCGCACUCGCUGGCCCUCUCCAGCCAGCAGGGCCAGGCGGCGGUCGUAGGCAUACCUGGACAGCUGCAGCAGGCACAACAGACAGUCUUCCGAUUUCCAGCUACAGCCGGAGGGCAGAUUGUGUCUCUGACAGGUGGUGCAAUGGCUCAACAGGUUCCUGUGCAAGCCAUCCAGGUGCAUCAAGCCCCCCAGCAAACGUCUCCUACAAGCGACAGCAGCACUGACAUCACACAGACCUCUUCCAGUGGGACAGUGACCCUGCCAGCUACAAUCAUGACUUCAUCUGUGCCAACCACUGUGGGAGGCCAUAUGAUGUACCCCAGUUCUCAUGCAGUGAUGUAUGCUCCUACAUCGGGUCUCACGGAUGGUGGGCUUGCGGUUCUCAAUGCCUUUUCCCAGGCCCCAUCAGCAAUGCAGGUUUCACAUGGGCAAGUCCAGGAUCAGGGUGGAGUCCCUCAGGUAUUCCUGACAGCUCCGUCAGGAACAGUUCAGAUCCCAGUCUCAGCUGUUCAGCUUCACCAGAUGGCUGUCAUUGGUCAGCAGAGCAGCAGCACUGCCAACUUGACAGAGCUGCAGGUGGUCAACUUGGAGACAUCACAUGGUUCCAAGAGUGACUGAGCAACUUUGGGAGGGACCUGGUGAGGGGAGGGGAAGAAGUGUGUACCCAGCACCCCAACAUGAACCAGCAGAUGCCACCGCCGCCACCUCCAGCUUUAUGCUGCAUCUGGCCCUGGAUCUAUGGCACUCCUCAAGCUGCACGAGGAUCUCGGCAGUCCCUAUUUUUGUAUGGACUCCAUCACUUAUUUAUUGUUGCCUUUGACACGUUUUCUUCUCACACUUUAUACUGACACACACACCUCCACACACACAAAAGCACCCACAGAAGUACAUAGAUGCAUAUUAAAAGUGGCUGCAAGGCCAGCAGCAGGAAGCUGAGUCUGGGCUGUACGGGGACUUUGUUACACUGCAUUUACUGUUCUUUUUGUUUAUUGUUUGGUUUUCCUAUUUGUUCCAGCCAAAGAAACUUUCUCUCACGAGUGGGAGAAUUUGCUCUGCCAUGUAUAAAACUUUCCAUCUGUUUUCAUUGCCAGGGAGGGAACUUUUCUCUCUCUUUGCCUUGCUGCUUCUGAUACAUAAGAAUGUCCUUGAAUGUCCUUAGUUUGUAACCUCUAGACAGAGCAAUUGAGGCUGUGGGAAGAAGCUGCAGUCCAGAAGACUGUGAAGCCAUUCUGAAAAAGUUAAAUCUCUUUUCAGGCAUAGCCCUGAUAUCCUUUUACACACACAAACACACACACACACAGAGAGAGAGAGAGAGAGCUGGGACAGUCACCUCUUUCCCCUCCCCCAUUCCAGUUCAGGUCACUUCCUGACUGCAGCUUUGUGCCUUCAAGCAAUCCAUGAUGCAUUGUGGGUUGGCUUGCCUUUAUUCUUGGCUGGCAAAGAGAGGGUUCUUCCUGUUGGCAUUCCAGCUGGAGCAACUGAGCAUCUUGGAUUUCCUUUUACCUUUAAAGUAUCCCUCCCUUGGAAUCUCUUUUUGUUGCAUAGGAACUGACUUGGAGCAGCUUCUUGCCCAUUUAGUCUGGCUGUAGUCACAUCUUGCAGCCCAAACAAGAAUUGUUUACCCAUUUCCCUUUUUCCUUGGAAACACACUCAGCAACUCAUAAGCCCAUUAGCAGAUUUCAUUUUGUGUAAUGCUUGAGUUUUGCUGAUUUUUUUUCUUCCUGAGAAGGAAGAGCUACAGUCAUGUUAUAAUUAUUAUUAUUAUUAUUAUUUUAAUUUUGGAAGGUAUAAAGAAGCCUUCCCCACUGGUGCUCUCCAAGAUGUAUUGGGUUCCAAACUCCAUAUCCACUAGCUUUUGGCAAUGCUGGGAAUUGUCGACUAAAAGAUUGGAAAAGGUUGAUGAAGGCUAGUGCUAAGCAAUGAAGUUGGAAACAAAUAAGGGUUGUUUAAGAUAAAGUAUUUAAACUUAACUCAGCAGGCUUUCCCAAGGCAACUGCAUCCAUGGAUGAAAUAUAACUAGUUUGGGAUACAAUAGUGUAACAUAGCCUAUGACAUUUGUUUGUUUCUCAGAUAGCCCUGGAAAUGAGAUGGUAUGUUGCGCCACCAUCAUGAAGUAUGUUUGACCUGCAUCUGCAAGGCCUUCAGUCUGGGAGUGGGUAGGUGGCAUGGGGCAAGCUUAACCAUAGAGCAUUUGUGGUAAAGGUUCUUCCUAUUUUUUGUGAAGCCACUGUUGUGUCCACAGUGAAAAUUUUAGAAUUUUUUUUAAUGACACUUCAAACAGGAGGUUCUGGAAUGAAUAAAUAUUGUAACACAUUUAAAGGAGGAAGCUGCAGGACUGCUAGUCUGUAAUAGAGAAUGGAAAGAGAUGCAGAAUAGAGAGAAAGGGCUGGAUCAUUUGUUUGCACACAAUCAUGCAUGUCAUUCAGCCCAGGACAGGUCAGUGGUUCUUAUAAAACCCCCCUCCCAAAAAAGGCCAGCUUUGGAUUAAGGAAGCUGCAAACUUUUACAGAAAGAAAGCAGCUAUUGUAAGUCCUUCCUUUCUUUUUUUAAUUAAAAGACAAAAGAAGCCUUGAAAAAAAAAGACUUUAUUUUUCUAAGUGUUAAACUCAGUAUUUAUGUAAUUCUUAAAGGAAUUAAAGUCUGGCUCCUAUACAGUUUUCAUGGGGUUUGUAGUUGGGGGGGGGUGGGGAGAUGGGCCAUGGGGCAGGGUUGAAAAAAAAUGAAAAGAAAGGGGCCUUUUUAAUUUGUAUUGUAAUAUUCUAAAAUUGUUUCCAUGAACAUUAGCGUUUAAACAUGUCUCUGUCUCUAGCACUUGAAUCAUGGCUUUGGUGGAAAAGUUGCACCAGUGGGGAGGAGACGGCUUAUACUAGGUAUCCCAAAAGUACUACCUGAAAACCACAUGCAACUGCAUCAGCAUUCCCUUUAUAGUGCCAGAGUGACACUCAGAAUUGAUGGAACCAAAGUGUUGGUCCAUUUGUUUGUUCUUGGGGCAAAGUGGAGAUCUUUAACCCUGUGGAUGCUUAAGGUAUCUAUUUACCAUCUUAAAAAACCUUGCAUCCUUUUCUAAAACAAGGUAUGCUCCUUCCACUUUGGGAUGCAGAGAUCAAUACAGUAUGCCACACAAAUCCUGGGAUGGCCAUCAAGCCAAACUGAAGUUGUGUACUACUUUUCUUUUGUUUGCAUCUUCAGCUCACAUGGCCACAUUAUAAAAAGGUACCCAAGCUCCAUCAAAUCUGGCUUAUAUUUAAUUCAAAGAAAACAUUAGGGUAACUUGUUUAAAACUUUCCAUGAUGGGUUACAUUUUAGAAUAUUUUUUUGUUUUUGUUUUACAUGUCAGAAAACAUUGAAAAGUGUUAUUUCCCCAAUUAGUUGCAGUUUGAAAGGAUGUGGUUUAUUCAUUUCUUUUGCUUUAAAUGUAUAUUGGUACUUCUCCAGCACUAGCUUCAAUAAUGAAGUUUCCAAGACUGGUGCAAAAGUAUCCCCUUGUUUUAAGCCUCAUUCCUUUCUUUUAGAUAAAGUGCAGAUUUUUUAACCUUUUUCAUUAAAUCAGUGACAUGAGAAAGAAAGGCAGCCAAGGCAGCUGAAUGAUUACUCUCUGCCCUCUAGUCUAGAACAGAUAUACUUUAUGGCAAAAAGAUUGCUUGGUUACUUGUCUCCUUUCAUUACCAGCAAUAAUGGAAAAAUGAUUUAUAUUCAGUGAUGUCUAUCCACUGAUGAAAACAUUUGCCAGCAAUCUUCAGCAACCCCUGUUUUUCCCCCAAUUCUGAUAUGGAGUUUGAAGGGUUUGCCACACAAAUGGAACUUAGCUGUACAUUGAUAGCUGUUUUCUGUAUGUGGAUUGUUUUUUUCCUCCAAGAGGGAAUUUCUCAGCUAUUAAUAGGAAGCUGCUUGGGAUAAAGGCACAUCUGAAAAACAGUAAUUCUCGAAUCAUGUUACUAAUUCAAAAAUCUUCUGCUGAAAUAGAGACGAAAGGCUAAAAUCAAGAUUUUUUUUUUUGAUACUGACUCAUUUUUUCUGAUACUGUACUAAUUUUCUGAUUGGGGAUUCUACACUUGAUACUCAUCCUUCACAUCAAGGAAGUUCUCCCUCCUACAAAAAAAGCACCUGCAGGUUAAACGCUAAUGUUGCAUGUGAUUAAAGUGUUGAAUUGUAAGAACACUUAUCAGGGAUGAAAUGGCAUUUAUUGUGUGGUGACAUUUUUAGUUCACUUUACAGAUUGUUUUUGGAUUUUUUUUGUGUGCACGUGCGUGCGCAUGUAUGGGCGUGUGUGUGUGUGAGUGGCUGUGUGUGUGUGUGGUUUGUUAAUUUCCAGGGUUGUGUUUCUGGAAGGAUGUGACAGUAAUCGCAGUACUAUGUACAGAGCUUUCUUUUGUAUUAAAAAAUAAUCUUUCAAUAAAUGUAUCAUUUUGUGCACAAA